UUCUUGUCUCAUAAAAGUUGGCAUCACUACAUGUAAAUAUGUCAACGUCUUCGGUUUAUCACGAAAAACAAAUGAGGCAAUUAUGCGCUUUACAUGCGCUUAAUAAUUUGUUUCAAGGAGAUCACUCAUAUACAAAAACGGAAUUGGAUAAUAUAUGCAAUAAUUUGAGUCCAAAUGUUUGGGUAAAUCCUCAUCGAUCCUUACUGGGACUUGGAAAUUAUGAUAUUAAUGUAAUCAUGACUGCUCUGCAAAAGCGCAAUUUCGAGGCCGUGUGGUUUGAUAAGAGAAAAGAUCCGUGCUGUAUUAAUUUUGACGAAACAUAUGGCUUCAUACUAAAUAUACCAUCCGAUUAUAAGUUUGGCAUUGUUACAUUACCAUUACGAAGACGACACUGGAUUGCAGUUCGGCGUAUUGGAGACAACUAUUAUAACUUAGAUUCAAAACUACAUCAACCAGAGUUAAUAGGCAACGAAUCCGACACACUUCAAUUUUUCCGGGAGCAACUUACUCAAGAGAAUCAACAGCGAGAACUUUUCAUAAUACUGGAGCAUAAGGAAGAUAAAACUACUGCACAGCGAUGGGAAAAAAAAAAAAAUAUUCUAUUACCUUUUAGUCAAUAAUAUAGUA